AUGCUCUCCGUCUUCACGGCUCGACCUAUUGUUGAGCUCCGCCAGCGGGAUAAAUCCAAAAUCGAAUCAAUACUGGCAUACGAUGACCGACUCAUUGUCGGAUUGAAUAGCGGCAGCUUGCGCAUAUAUCGCAUCAACCAGGUCCCUGAGGCGCGCGAGAGCCAGAAUGGAACUACUAAGCCCGACAAACCAGCUUCGCGACCCAGCUCCUCUUCCGCUCCUAAGCCAGUCGAUCUUCUGCGCGAGGUCGAAAAGUUCUCUCCCCGCGCUAUUGAGCAGCUUGCGAUUAUAAAGGUUGCCAAUGUCCUCAUAUCUUUAUCGAAUUACCACAUCUCGAUACAUGACCUACACUCGUAUGAACUACAAGAGCAGCUGCCGAAGACUAAAAAUGCCACGACUUUUGCGGUCACGUCGAAUAUUGUAAAGGACUCUGCUACAGGGAUACCGGAAAUCAUAUCGAGGUUAGGAGUGGCUGUUAAGAGGAGAUUAUUACUAUGGUCAUGGCAUGAAUCCGAGUUAGAGCCGGACGUUGUGGAGAUCACCCUGGCUGAAUCAAUUCGAACGCUCACCUGGGCGUCCGCGACCAAAAUAAUUUGUGGUAUGAACUCCGGCUACGUGAUUGUUGAUGUCUUGAGCGAAGAGGUGGAAGAUAUUGUUGGGCCAGGGCCGAUUGGUGGCGCGUCGAGUGCUCAGGGAGGUCGUUUCGGUGGCGUCAGUUCAGCGAGUAUGGGCUAUAUGGGCUUGGGAGGAUAUAUGCCAAAACCUCUGGCUACGAAACUGGCUGAUGGUGAAAUGCUCCUAACGAAGGACAUCAACUCCCUAUUCAUCACGUCGGAGGGUAAACCAAUGAAUAAACGACAAGUCCCGUGGCAAAUAGCACCAGAUUCAAUAGGUUACUCAUAUCCGUAUAUUUUGGCUCUCCAGGCACCUUCUAAAGGGGCCCUGGAGAUUAGAAAUCCGGAAACGCUGUCCCUUCUACAGACUAUUGCGUUACCAAAUGCUAGUCAGCUACAUUUGCCUCCCCCAAAUGUCAGCCUCGCACACGCUGGAAAGGGGUUUCAUGUUGCCAGCGAUCGAUGUAUUUGGCGUAUGAUGUCCACAGACUAUGAUUCACAAGUAGAUGAACUUGUGGAAAAGAAACUCUACGACGAAGCGAUUAGCAUCCUCAACAUGCUAGAAGACGCAUUACUGCAUAACAAGGCAGAGAGACUUCGAGAGACCAAGAUUCAAAAGGCGCAGGUACUCUUUGACCAAAGGAAAUACCGAGAUGCCAUUGAUAUAUUUCUCGCAGAGGAUGUGCAAGCGCCGCCUGAAAGGGUCAUCCGGUUAUAUCCCAGAGCAAUCGCAGGCGAUCUUUCGAUUAUCGAAGAUAAACAAUCCGAAUCGGACACCAACAAUGAAGAGGGGAGCGAAGGUGUAAAUGGCGAUGCCGCUUCCAUUGGAAAGGGCGGGCAGGAUACUGUGGGUUCCCCAAAACCGGCUGGGGUACACAAACUACUCAAAGAUCACCACAAGGCCCACUCUGACACGUCCUCCGUACGGUCAUUUAUGGGUCUGGAUGGUGGUGAUGGAAGUGAUACGACAAGCAUCAAAACAAAACCUGCCGAAGAUAGGCCACUUGAGGGCAAGGACCUUGAAAAAGCGGCUGUUGAGCUCAACGCGUUCCUCGUCGAUGCUCGGAAUCGAAUGAAAAGGUGGAUAGACGCCGAAACAGGCAAACUAAUACCCCAAGAGAAAAAUAAGAUUGACCAGAACGGAGAGGUAUCAUCUGAGCCCUCCUUUGAAUCUUUUCUUGUCUCGCCGGUAUCAGAUGCAGACAAAGACAGAGAGCAAAAGCUACGAGACACAGCGAAGCUUAUUGAUACGACCCUGUUUAGGUCGAAUAUGCUAGUUCGUCCCCAGCUAGUAGGAGCACUAUUCCGUAUCCCCAAUUUUUGCGAUCCUGAUGUCGUCAAUGACAAGCUGCUGGAGAACAGAAGAUAUAAUGAUCUUGUUGACUUCUUCCACGGCAAGAAAUUGCAUCGACCAGCAUUGGAGCUGUUGAAAAAGUUUGGCAUGGCCGAGGAAGAGGAUGAAAAGUCGCCUACCUUGCAUGGUCCGCAGCGAACAGUUGGAUAUUUACAAAAUUUACCACCGGAGAUGAUCGAUCUUAUUCUUGAGUUCGCGGAGUGGCCACUAAGAGCUAACCCGGACCUUGGGAUGGAAGUGUUCCUCGCGGAUACCGAGAAUGCUGAGACGCUGCCAAGGGACAAAGUUGUGAAUUUCCUCCAGGGCAUCGAUAUGAAACUCGCCGUCAAGUAUCUAGAACACAUAAUCCACGAGCUCAACGACCUUACUCCAGAGUUCCAUAACUUACUUGUUUCUGAAUAUCUGAAUCAGCUGAAGGCCAGGCAAGAUAGAGAAUCGGAGGACUGGAAGGAAGGAAUGGAGAAAUUGAUCUUGUUCAUGCGUUCCAGCAAGCAGUAUGCUCUUUAUCGGGUCUUUAGCAAUAUCCCUAAGGAUGAUCCUGAUUUUUAUGAAGCUCUGGUUGUUGUUUUCAGCAACAUGGGCCAACACAAACAGGCACUGGAAAUUUACGUUUUCAAGCUGCAAGAUUUCGAAAAGGCAGAGGAAUAUUGCAACCAUGUCCAUCUCCAGUCCUCAUCUGAUGCCCCGCCGCAGCAACACGGCCAGGAUUCUACCUCGGGCUCCGAUGAUACUCAACCCUCGAUUUAUCAUACCCUUCUCUCCCUCUACUUAAAACCGCCGCCGCCACAUUCUCCAAACUGGCCACCUGCAUUGGACUUGCUUUCCAAACAUGGAUCGAGGCUUUCAGCGUCCUCGACCCUUAGUCUUAUCCCUGCUACAUUGCCUGUGGCGGAGCUGGAGUCUUAUUUCCGUGGACGUAUCCGCGCAGCAAAUUCCACCGUUAACGAAUCCCGUAUCGUUGCCGGGUUGCGCAAGACCGAAGUUGUAAGCGCACAAUCUGGCUUACUAUUAGGUGAUGGCAUGCCAGGUGGGAAGGGCGGCAGGAACAGAGGAGUAUUUGUUCCGGAAGAGCGAGUGUGUGGUGUCUGUCAUAAACGACUAGGUGGGAGCGUUCUUUCCGUACUGCCAGAUAAUGAGGUUGUGCAUUAUGGGUGCUUGAAUAGAGGCGGACGUUCCACAGGGAGCCGUGGGAUGGAUUCCCUGCGAUCGGGAUCGUGGAGGCGAUGA